AUCAUAUUAUUAUAAGAAAUGUAACAGGUCUGAGGAAAUAAGCGAGAGGUGAGGUUGAGUACCUCUUAACCAAGAUUUGUUACCGAAUUUCAUGAAAUGAGUCUCCUGCAAAAGAAUAAAGUCCAUCCAACACUAGAUGAUGAAAACGACUCAAUUGCUUCAGAUGGACAGCAGCCAACGAACACGUCUGUGGCGCCGGCGGAUGCUUUAUCCCAGAGAGACACUUGGUUCGGAAAACACGAUUUUCUUAUGUCAUGCAUUGGUGCAGCGGUUGGGAUAGGAAACGUAUGGCGAUUCCCCUUUUUGUGUUACCGUAACGGAGGAGGAGCUUUUCUGAUUCCCUACAUCAUAGUGGUGGCGUUGAGUGGAAUUCCAAUAUUCUUCCUCGAAGUGUCCCUUGGACAAUUCACAAAAUCUGGAGCAAUUAAAGCGUGGGACAGUGUUUGUCCUUUAUUAUCAGGUAUCGGCGUUUCAACGAUCACCAUCAUUUUUUAUACGCUGUGUUAUUACGCUGUCAUCUUGGCAUGGGCGUUGUUCUAUCUCUUCCAAUCCUGGCGUACCGUGCUUCCAUGGAGUUCAUGUAACAAUACUUGGAACUCACCAAACUGCGAAUCUAACUACACGUACCUCAAGAGCAUUAACAUGACUGCCGAAGAAGCUAAUGUGACGUCACCAGUAAUCGAAUAUUGGGAGAAGCACGUUUUGCAGAUCAGCAGUGGAAUAGACGACGUAGGUGGAUUGAGAUGGGAAUUGGCAGGUGUUCUAUUUAUUGCCUGGUUUGUGUGUUAUUUAGCUGUUUUCAAAGGGACGAAGUCGACAGGCAAGGCAAUGUAUUUUACUGCAACUUUUCCGUAUAUCAUGCUCCUGAUUCUACUAAUCAGAGGUGUUACUCUGCCUGGAGCUGCAAAGGGAAUACAAUUCUAUCUCCAGCCCAAUAUGACAAAACUUGCUGAACCUCAGGUUUGGAUUGAUGCUGGCACUCAAGUUUUCUUCUCAUAUUCUCUAUGCAUUGGUGUGUUGUUAUCACUGGGAAGUUUCAACUCAUAUGGGAACAAUUGCCUGAGGGAUACACUCAUUAUAUCAGUUGUGAACAGUGGAACAAGCAUUUUGGCUGGAUUCGCAAUUUUUGCAGCACUCGGAUUUAUGGCUGAUGAGAUGGGAGUAGAAGUAGCGGAUGUAGCCGAAUCUGGUCCCGGAUUAGCGUUUAUUGCGUAUCCUAAAGAAGUAACAAUGUUGCCAGUAUCACAACUAUGGUCUAGCCUUUUCUUCAUCAUGAUAUUCUUACUUGGGAUAAGCACUCUGGUCACAGAUACAUUGGCAUUGGUUACUUCAAUCGGUGAUAUGUAUCCCAAGUUAUUCAGAGGCGGGAAAUACAGGAAGGAAAUUUUCAUGGGAUUGUGUUGUUUUAUGUGCUAUCUGGUUGGGCUCAGUAUGGUAACAAGGGGUGGAAUGUACGUUCUGCAAUUGUUUGACUUCUACGGUGCCAGCGGAUUCGCAUUACUUUGGACCGCGGCGUGGCAAUGUAUCGCUGUGGGAUGGUUUUAUGGAGGAGAAAAAUUUUAUAGAGCCAUUGAAGACAUGAUCGGAUAUAGGCCAUCGCCUUUCUUUAGAAUAUGCUGGAAAUAUUGCUCACCCACUCUUUGUUUUGCCAUCUUGAUUUUUUCCAUUGUUCGAUAUGAGCCAUUGAAAUAUAACAACGUCUACGAAUAUCCACCUGUUGGACAAGCUGUGGGAUGGAUAUUGGCAUUUUCGUCAAUUCUCUGCAUUCCAUUAAAAGCUAUCUGGGUUCUGUUCAAAGCCAAGGGGAGCAAUCUAAAAGAGAAAUUCCAAAAUUCGUUGAAGUGCAAAAUACAAACUCCAGGUGCUGUUUUUGAGAACAUCGGCGAGGAUGGUAUCGAUAAAAACGAUGAUGAGAGUGAUGUAACGCCGCCACCUCCUUAUCCCGGAAGUGCAGAAAAAACAAGGGAGUACAAACUUGUCCCAGAUAAAGAGACUUCCAUGUAGUAUAGCACGCAAAGGUCGAACAAUUGGAAAAAAUAUCAACUGGCCGAGGAACAAGAGAAUCAGUGAAUUUAAUGUUAAAUUACGCUUAAGUAUUAUUGCUUUUCAGACCACACGUGUUUGAUUCAACCAAAAA